AUGUCGUUAAGUGAAGAUACUUUUGUGCAAAAAGAGUUGGACCUAAAAUGUGCCAAAACAAACCAAAACAUUAGUUUGGAUAGACCAAAGAGACUUGGAUAUUUCUCGAUCUAUCGCAAUGAUGAUAAAGAAAGUGUUUAUUGUCCAGAUAAAUCAGCUCUAGCGUAUUUGGACUUACCUGAUCCAGUCUCUAUCGACUGCCUUCAAGGAUAUGAUCCUAAUAACAAGUACGGAUAUCAGCGGUCAAAAAAUAAAAACUUAUUGCAAUGGAUUCUGGAGAAUGAAGCAAUUGUGAUUGACUUAAAUUACGAUUUCGUCUGUAACAAUGGUGUACUGAAAGAUAUUAUGACUUCUCCGUAUCAAAAUUUGGAUUGGACCCUUUGUGCUGUCAAGAUCAGAGGGAAAAUCGUUCUUAAUAAAAUCGCUUCGAACGAGGAGAAGGAAAAAAUUGAAACACGAUCUGAAAAUGACAACAAAUCGAUUUAUGCGGCUUUCAAUUUACAACGUUUGGUUGUCAAAAACAGCAAUCGUUCUGAAUUUACUUCUGGAAAAGAAACUGAUUCAUUCCAUGGCGUUUUCCACUCAAAAAUUGGGUCUCAUGGAGUACUUCAUGCUGGAUAUUUGAACUGUCUUGAAAGCAAACAAGAACUGGAUAAACCCUUUGACGAAAUGAAGUUUGUUUUGGUGAAAAAGUUUAAUGCUCCAAAGGAAUCACACUCAUUUUUUCAUGGUAACACUUGGUGGUCAUUAGCUGUUCUUUCUGGAAUUGAUACGAUUAUCCGUGCUAAAUGCGAACAAGAUUUUAUGGUAAAAAGUAUCGAUAAGUUGCAAGUUGACAGUCUGGUCAAUAAACACAGACAAUCGAUUUUUGUGGCUUCAUUGACUUCAAUUCUCGGUCAUGUCAAGUCAAUUGUUACAGAGGAAAACAAAUGUUAUAACUUUCAUUUCAAUGGCAAGGAUAAAAAGUCGACUGGCUACGUGAAGAUGGAUCUAGAUGAUGAUCUCAUUCCAGGAUGGUAUAUUAAUGGACAACAUCCUAACAAAUCUCAUUCACCAUUCAUUUAA